UUGUCCGUUUGUUUACAUGGAGGACAGUGACAGCAGCCUAGUUUCAAUGCUAGUUUUGCUAACUACGACGCAGCGUGAAAAGCCCUUAUUAUUGACCGAAAACUAAUUUCAUUGCGUUUCGAGCACCAAUUACGCAAAGAAUGCAAACAAGCGUGUACCUGCCAAAGAUUUAACGCGUUUGAGAAGGUUUUCUCCGUGAUUUUCUGAGCUAACGUUAGCAUAGCUAAAUUAGCGCUACCUCGUUUUGACUUCAAACGGCAAUUUGUUAAUGUCAUCUGCUUUGUUUUAGCGGUCGGUGCUUACCAAAUCUUUCGGUGGUCUCUCCGCUGUUCUUCCGAACAGUCCCAUUGUGGCAAAAUGCCUUCAAAACCGAGCGAGUUAUUCGCCUACUCACUGGAAGUAAAUGACUAGCUGCAAUGAUUUGACAAACACUUCCUGUUCACCCCGAGUGCGGAUAUAAACCAGGUACCAGGUGAAGAAAUAUGUAAUUAAAAAUAAAAUUAAUUAAAAUAACAAAAAAGACUAGCAAAUAAAUACAAUUGUCAUGCCGUUACUUUUGGCGUUAUCAGCUUAGAUGUAGCUUCGCCAAACAACCACGUUAUUCAAUACCUAAAUGAAUGAACUAAUGUAAACACAGAAGACAAUUUGCAAAUAUGAGUAAACUAUGAAGCUAUGUAUUGCAAUUGUUAUAUGUAUGUUAUAUGCAUUUUGAAAUGUACAUUUACAUGAGACCACACCUGUGGUACAAGUUCAACAGUAAAAUAUAUACAGUCACGUCAUUGACCUUUAUAUAUAGUUACAAUAACAGUAAUAUACAGCGCAAAAAGGCAACACUGCUCCAAUUAAGCAAAACAAAAAAAAAGAAAAAUUGAACAUCACUAAUUUUCUUCGUCAUCGAAGCCCCGUUGUGACGUUUCAAAGGUUCUCAUUUCCAGCGAGUUCUAGACUGUUCUGUGAAAGACCGCCGCACGCACCAAUCACGUAAGAGCAAUCGGAAUGAUACGCCAAUCGGUGACGCGAGAAGGCGGGUUGUAAACGCGGCAGGCUCUUAGAUCCUAUGAUGAUGUUUACGGUCGCCUCGGAGUGGGAGAAUCCGCUCUGUUCACCGUUGCCCUCAGGAUUACGCCGGAUGAGUUAGCUAUAAACAGACCGAAUUACAUAACAGAGCGUAAUUUACUGAGCGCACUUGUAGUUGGCGGACGUGUUGAUUUUCAGGCUCCUAUAUUCCUUUUUUUUUUUUUUUUUUUUUUUUUUUUAAUCUUACGAGAGUAAGGUAAUAUCGUCUGGUUCUCAAAGGUGGCAAGUGCAAAAGGAUAAGUUUGCCAGUGGGGUAAAUAAGAGCUUCCAUCAUGUCAGUGGUCGGCAUUGAUGUGGGUUUCCUGAACUGCUACAUCGCCGUGGCCAGGAGCGGUGGUAUUGAAACCAUCGCCAACGAAUACAGUGACAGAUGCACGCCGGCUUGUGUGUCUUUUGCCGCCAAAAACCGCAUCAUUGGAAACGCAGCCAAGAGCCAAAUGAUAACAAACUUCAAAAACACAGUUCACGGCUUUAAAAGAUUCCACGGCAGAGCGUUUGACGACCCCUUCGUGCAAGCGGAAAAGAGCAAAGUACCUUACAGUUUGCAUAAACUGCCUGAUGGAACCACUGGAGUUAAGGUGCGGUAUUUGGACGAGGAUAAAGUUUUCACAGUGCAGCAGAUAACAGGAAUGCUGCUCAGCAAGCUGAAAGAAACGUCCGAGGGCGCUCUGAAGAAACCCGUGGUGGACUGCGUGGUGUCUGUCCCCUGCUUUUUUACAGACAGUGAACGGCGAUCUGUGUUGGAUGCAACACAAAUUGCGGGGCUUAACUGUUUAAGGCUAAUAAAUGACACCACCGCAGUUGCAUUAGCCUAUGGGAUCUACAAACAGGACCUCCCCACUCCAGAGGAGAAGCCUCGCAAUGUUGUGUUUGUGGAUAUGGGACAUUCCUCUUAUCAGGUCGCCAUCACGUCUUUCAACAAGGGCAAACUAAAGGUACUGGCCACGGCAUUUGACCCCUACCUGGGCGGCCGUAAUUUUGACGAAGCCUUGGUGAAUUACUUCUGCGAGGAGUUCAAAGUCAAGUACAAGCUGCACGUAAGAGACAACCCGCGGGCCGUGCUGCGUCUGCAUCAAGAAUGCGAGAAGCUCAAGAAGCUGAUGAGCGCCAACUCCUCGGACCUGCCCCUCAACAUCGAGUGCUUCAUGAACGACAUUGACGUUUCCAGCAGGAUGAACAGGGGCCAUUUUGAAGAGAUGUGCGCGCAAUUUUUAAUGCGGGUAGAGAUGCCGCUGAAGGACGCCCUGGAACAUUCAAAGCUGAGCCGGGACGACAUCUACUCCGUGGAAAUAGUAGGAGGCGCGACGAGAAUGCCGGCCAUCAAGGACCGGAUCGCUAAAUUCUUCGGCAAAGAUGUCAGCACCACGCUCAAUGCUGACGAAGCUGUCGCCAGAGGCUCCGCCCUUCAGUGCGCAAUCUUGUCUCCAGCCUUUAAAGUUCGUGAGUUCUCCAUCACUGAUGUUGUUCCCUUCCCUAUUACUCUGCGCUGGAAAUCACCAACAGAAGAUGGACUCGGAGAAUGUGAGGUGUUCGGUAAGAAUCAUGCUGCCCCCUUUUCCAAAGUGAUCACCUUCCACAAGAAGGAGCCUUUUGACCUCGAAGCCUUUUACAGCUGCCAUCAAGAGCUUCCACAUCCUGACUGUAGGAUAGGAUGCUUUUCAGUCCAGAAUGUGGUGCCGCAGGCAGACGGAGACAGCUCCAAAGUGAAGGUCAAGGUGCGCUUUAAUGUCCACGGCAUCUUCAGUGUGUCCAGCGCCUCUUUGAUUGAGAAGCAGAAAGGAGAGGGGGAGGACAUGCAGAUGGAUGCCGAGCCAAUUUUGCAAAAUGAAGGCAGAGCGGAGGAGCAGAUCAAAAUGCAGGUCGACCAAGAAGUGCAAAACCAGGGGGACCCGCAAAAUGAAGACGCUUGCACCAAUAGGGAGUGCGUUGGGGAGAAGCAGGAGUCUGCAGCAGUAGCAGGGAGCAAGGCCAAAGUCAAGGUGAAGAGUGCCGACCUACCCAUUGUGGCCAGCAAUAUUCGACAGCUUGACAGCGAGGUGCUUUGCAACUUUGUCAAUUUUGAGCGUCAUAUGAUCGUGCAAGACAAACAGGUGAAAGAGGCUAAUGAUGCGAAGAAUUCUGUGGAAGAAUAUGUCUACGAUCUCCGGAACAAACUUUGUGGCAUCUAUGAAAAGUAUAUCACCGAGGAAGAUAGCAACAGGUUGACGCUGCUUCUGGAGGACACGGAGAACUGGCUGUAUGAAGAAGGGGAGGACCAAUCUAAAAAUGUAUAUGUGGAAAAGCUGGAUGCCCUCAAGAGUCUUGGUCAACCUAUUCAAGAACGACACAAAGAGCACGAGGACCGGCCAAAGGCUUUUGAGGAGCUUGGCAAGAGGCUACAAUUCUACAUGAAGUUUGUGGAUGCCUACAAACAGAAGGAUGAGCGUUAUCUCCAUUUGGCCGCAGAAGAUGUCCACACUGUGGAGAAGUGUUUGAACGAUAGCAUGGUGUGGAUGAACAGCAAGAUAAAUAUUCAGAGUAAACUGGCCGCCACUCAAGAUCCAGCUGUCAAAGUAGCAGAUAUCAUUGCUAAAAUACAGGAAGUGCAGGACGUAUGUGCUGCGGUGAUCAACAAAUCCAAGCCCACAGUAGCGGAGACGCAUGAGGUGAUCGACCAAAAUCCUAACAGCGCUCCUAACAACGGGCCAGCCACCAAGCAAGGCCCAGAUGGGACGGGGGACGCCAAGGGAAGCCAGCACAGCAAACAUACGGCAAAGGAGAUGGAAGUGGACUAAGAGGAUUGCGUCCGUCACUACGACGACGACCGAGUAGACAGUAGGGAUAGUGUUACAGUUACCUGGGACCACGUCAGCCACACGGGUGAAACGAGUGGCUUUGUUCAUCUCCAUAUUAUCGGUUUGCACUCUUACGUUCAUCCUUAUGUGUGACUAUGACGUGCUUCUGUUCUCAAAAGCUAUUUGACUAUGAAAUAAGAACCCAUGCAAUAGAUUGAAAUGUUUCACCUUUCCUUUACAGGAAGCGUUGCCUUUGUGUCCUCUACUGUAGAAUGUGACACCCUCGCCCCAGCAGAACUAGAGUAGACAACAGCUGUUACCAAACUUGUGUGCGCUAGUACUAAUUCUAAAGUAUAUAUUUGUAUGUCAUUCAUUUGGGACUACAGUAUAUGGUAAAGUGGGCAAAAUUUAAAUUCUAUUUUAAUAAAAGCCAUUAUUAUAUUUAAGAAUGAACACGUUCCCAAUCGUAACAUGGGCUGACCUAUAGUCUUUGUAGGAGUGAUGAGCUACCUACUGUUGAUUUUCUUGCAAGUUUCCAUUUAGGACUUAAAGUUUGAAAAAUAAACACAUUCACCUGUGAAAACAAGUCGUCUAUUGUGAAGUUAUAUUUUAAGUGGCUGGAAUGAAAGCUUAUGUUUGGUAUUGUUAAAAGCAGAGUCAAUACAACCCCCAGCAAACAGUAUGGAAUCAAC